AUGGUUUACAGGGUUUAUAGCCAUGCUACUGACCAUCCUUCAAGGUUUGCGGGGUUUUAUCCCACGCUAGGGACUAUCAUUCAAGGCAUUCAAGGUCGGUUUACGGGGAUAUACCCCACGCCAGUGACCAUCAUUCAAGGUUUACGGGAAACUUCCACAUUGGAAAAAAUGCAUCACAUCCUAAAGGAAUCGCGAUGGCCUGGUGGUAAGAUCCCGGCUUCAGAACCGGAGGGCUUCAAGUUCGAGACACGAUUUCACAUAAAAACCAUCAGAGCGUUAAAAAUAGAUUUAUUCUCCCUGGCGGAAGAAUUAGGGAUCGAGACUGACCCCUCAAAUAAAGUAGUAGAUCUGAUCAGGAAAAUUAAAGAGUUCCCAGAUAUUGACUUAGACUUCGUAAAAGAUAGAUAUGAAGUUAUAGUGGAAGAACGAAAAACAGAGAAAGAGCGCGUAGAGGCAGAAUUACAAGCUGAAAGGCAGCGCGAACGGGAAUUUGAGUUGGAGCGUUUAAGAAUAUCUAAUUCCUCGGAAAUUAAUAGCUCACAUUCAAGCCGAAAUGAAAAUUCUAGACCGCGGAGAGAUAUUAAGCAUUUAAUGCCUAAGUUUGAUAGUAACCAAACUGAUAUGUCAAUUUAUCUUACGUUACUAGAGAGGCAAUUCAAAACCGCCGAGAUUGACGAGGCUGAAUGGGUCUAUCAACUACUGUCAUUAUUACCGUUAAAUUUGGCUCACAUCAUAGCGAAAGAACCGGAAGACAAGGCUCAGGAUUACGAGCAUAUUAAACAAGUUUUGCUGGAACGAUUUAAGAUAAAAACCGAGACAUAUAGGCAGCGUUUCGUGAGCCAUCAGAAAAAACCGAACGCAUUGUGGAAGGAAUUAAUUUUUGAUCUGGAACAUUUCUUAGAUGGCUGGCUUUCGGGAUCGGGUGUAACGGAUUUUACCGGGCUAAAGAAAUUGCUAAUCACCGACCAGAUAAAAAAACGCGUCCCGAGCCAGAUAAGAGACCAUUUUCUAGACGUAUGGUCGGAGUUCGUGGAUCCUUUUGUUCUAGCCGAGAAACUGGACCACUACGAAUCGGUGCGGACGAAAUCCAACUUUGUGAAAUUCCCCGAAAGAAAAAUGGUUGAGAGAAACAGACCGUUUUCGCCUAAAAAAGAAGAGAAGUAUAAAGCUACGGAAAGAAUGGCAAACGCUAAACCCAAUGAGAAUAAAUCGUGGAGGAAUUUAGCCCCACAAAGGAAUUGGAGGGGAGACAAUUUUGAUCAGCGGAAACAAUUACAAUGUUAUGAAUGCCUGUCUACGACGCAUUUAAGGCCAAACUACCCUCAAUUAAAAAGGAAUCAACCGACAGAGCAGAUAAAUCACGUAGGAAGCGCGCACGAAAAUGAAUUAUUUGCUCCCUAUAUAAGUGAAGGAUCCGUUAAUGGAUCGGAAAUUAAAAUUCUCCGGGAUUCAGGCGCCAGCGUAGAUAUCGUUACACGAAAUUACGUCAGUAAUGCAGAUUUUACCGGUGAGCUCACUAGCCCAGAGUUCGGGGAGGUCGUCACAAAGGCCGCUAUUGUCGAUUCAUCUCUCGAUCAAGGAAUUUACCUUCUUAGUAACGCAACGGCCGAGUUACUUAACAAACGUAUCAGUAUUGCCACUGUGAAUGCUGUCACUACUCGUUCACAAAAGAAGGGGGAAAACGCGAAAGGGGAUGGAAAAGCAAGGAGAAUAGAAAGCGGGACAGGAGGGAAGAAUGAGAUAGAACCUGAAAUGCAACUGAGAGAAGAAUCGUUACCACCCAUUGAGAUAGGGGAAGGAGCUGAAGAUUUAUUCACUCCGUUCAAGAUAACUCAAGAAGAAUUUUCAAAGGCUCAAAUGGACUGCGGAACCUUGGAAGAAUGUAGGGAACGCGUUAACAAAGGACAUGAUGGAUUUAAAAAGGAAAAGGGAUUGUUUUUUAGGGUAACAAAAGAUCAUUUAGGGAACCCGAGAUCUCAAUUAAUUGUGCCGAAAAAAUUCAGACCGGCAAUAUUAGAGAUGUGCCACGAGUCGACGUCGGCACGUCUGGGGGUAACUAAAACGAAAGAUAGGGCCCUAAAAUAUUAUUUUUGGCCAAAUUGUGUAAAGGAUAUCGAGAAUUACGUUCGCUCGUGUGAUCCUUGUCAACGAAUCGGUAAACCGAGGGAGAAGACAAAGGCCCCUCUCAAAUUAGUUCCCGUUAUAUCGGAAAUUUUUAGCAAAUUAAAUAUUGAUUGCAUAGGAUCAUUACCCAUUAGUGAGAAAAACAAUCGAUAUUUGUUAACGGCGAUGUGUAUGUCUUCAAAAUAUCCGGAUGCAAUCCCUAUAGAAGACCUUACGUCAAUCACAGUGAUGAAUGCUAUGUUAAACGUUUUUAGUAGAAUGGGGUUUCCCCGUGAGAUACAGUGUGAUUGGGGUACGUCGUUCACUAGCUAUUUAACCACAGAAUUUUUUGAUCAGUUCGGAAUAAAAGUCACUCAUUCAUCUGUGCGGCAUCCCCAGACAAACCCGGUAGAGCGUUUCCACAAAACCAUUAAGCGACUUCUAAAGGUACUAUGUUUAGAGUCAGGAAAGGAUUGGGAGAAAAAUCUUCCAGCAACUCUGUUAGCUUUGAGAACGGUUACUCACGAGAGCACAGGAUUUAGCCCCGCUGAGUUGGUUCACGGAAAAAACCUAAGGACUCCAGAAAUGCUGUUAUACGAGCACUGGGUAGCACCGAAAGAAAACGAAACGGCGGUACCCAAAUACAUGUACGACUUAAUAAACCGCAUGAGACGUUGUCAGGAUAUAGCAGUAACCAGGAUGUUGGAGACGCGAGAUAAGAGAAAAUUAUGGUAUGACAAAAAUGCUGGCCAUCGCCAAUAUAAAUCCGGUGAUCAAGUGUUGGUGCUCGCAGCAUCUAUGCCGAAUAAACUAUCAGUACAGUGGAUAGGGCCAGGCGAAAUUUAA